CCUGACCUGCGUUUACUGGGCGGAGAGCAGGAGAGGGAGCGCGCAUUUGGAGCAGGCUGCUCUGACUCCAACCACAGGCUGUUUCGUGCAGGCUAUCCCUCUCCUUCAGAACCGUGCAUCCCCUCCCCGAAGCAGCAGGCACUGUGCCUCCAUUCAGCCACAUUUGGCAUGCACGAGCACGGCUGCAGGGAGAGGGGAGGUGGCUUUCUUAAGAAGGUUCAGUGGCUCAGGCAAAAGCCACUUGACGAGUCUCCCAAGUUCGAGGAAGCCUCUGCCCUGAUGGAAUCUGCAGGUGUGGAGGUGACCAUGGGAUGCCAGGGCCGUGGGGCAUCGUUUAUUUUCUAGGCAUUGUUCAGGUUUUGCAGUUCUGGUUUUCCCGGUGGAAUUUGCAAGGGGUCAUGAAUCAAACUGAUGCUCCUCGACCCCUAAACUGGACCAUCCGGAAGCUGUGCCACGCAGCCUUUCUCCCGUCUGUCAGACUUCUUAAGGCUCAGAAAUCCUGGAUAGAAAGAGCAUUUUAUAAAAGAGAAUGUGUUCACAUCAUCCCCAGCACCAAAGACCCCCAUAGGUGUUGCUGCGGGCGUCUAAUAGGCCAGCAUGUUGGCCUCACUCCCAGUAUCUCCGUUCUUCAGAAUGAGAAAAAUGAAAGUCGCCUCUUGCGAAAUGACCUCCAGUCCGAGAAGUGGUCCAUCAGCAAGCACACGCAGCUCAGCCCGACGGAUGCUUUUGGGACCCUUGAGUUCCAAGGAGGCGGUCAUUCCAACAAAGCCAUGUACGUGCGAGUGUCUUUUGAUACAAAACCUGACCUCCUCUUACACCUGAUGACCAAGGAGUGGCAGUUGGAGCUUCCCAAGCUUCUCAUCUCAGUUCAUGGGGGCCUACAGAACUUUGAACUCCAGCCAAAACUCAAGCAAGUCUUUGGGAAAGGCCUCAUCAAAGCCGCCAUGACAACAGGAGCAUGGAUCUUCACUGGAGGGGUUAACACAGGUGUUAUUCGUCAUGUUGGAGACGCCUUGAAGGACCAUGCAUCUAAGUCUCGAGGAAAGAUAUGUACCAUAGGUAUUGCACCCUGGGGAAUUGUGGAGAACCAGGAGGACCUGAUUGGAAGAGAUGUUGUCCGGCCAUAUCAGACCAUGUCCAAUCCCAUGAGCAAGCUCACUGUCCUCAACAGCAUGCAUUCCCACUUCAUUCUGGCUGACAAUGGGACCACUGGAAAAUACGGAGCAGAGGUGAAGCUGAGGAGGCAACUGGAAAAACAUAUUUCCCUCCAGAAGAUAAACACAAGAUGCCUGCCGUUUUUCUCUCUUGACUCCCGCUUGUUUUAUUCAUUUUGGGGUAGUUGCCAAUUAGACCCAAUUGGAAUCGGUCAAGGCGUUCCGGUGGUGGCGCUCAUCGUGGAAGGAGGACCGAACGUGAUCUCGAUUGUCCUGGAGUACCUUCGGGACACCCCUCCCGUGCCGGUUGUGGUCUGUGAUGGGAGUGGACGGGCAUCUGACAUCCUGGCAUUUGGGCAUAAAUAUUCAGAAGAAGGCGGACUCAUAAAUGAAUCUUUGAGGGACCAGCUCUUGGUGACCAUCCAGAAGACUUUCACGUACACUCGGACCCAGGCUCAGCACCUGUUUAUCAUCCUCAUGGAGUGCAUGAAGAAGAAGGAAUUGAUUACGGUAUUUCGGAUGGGAUCAGAAGGACACCAGGACAUCGAUUUAGCUAUCCUGACAGCUUUGCUCAAAGGAGCCAAUGCCUCGGCCCCAGACCAGCUGAGCUUAGCUUUAGCCUGGAACAGAGUCGACAUCGCUCGCAGCCAGAUCUUUAUUUAUGGGCAACAGUGGCCGGUGGGUUCUCUGGAGCAAGCCAUGUUGGAUGCCUUAGUUCUGGACAGAGUGGAUUUUGUGAAAUUACUCAUAGAGAAUGGAGUAAGCAUGCACCGUUUUCUCACCAUCUCCAGACUAGAGGAAUUGUACAAUACGAGACAUGGGCCCUCAAACACAUUGUACCACUUGGUCAGGGAUGUCAAAAAGCGAGAAUAUCCAGGUUUCGGUUGGAUCUAUUUUAAGGGGAACCUGCCCCCUGACUACAGAAUCAGCCUGAUUGACAUCGGCCUGGUGAUCGAGUACCUGAUGGGAGGUGCUUAUCGGUGCAACUACACGCGCAAGCGCUUCCGGACGCUCUACCACAACCUCUUCGGCCCCAAGAGGCCCAAAGCCUUGAAACUACUGGGAAUGGAGGACGAAGUCCCCUUGCGGCGAGGAAGAAAGACAACCAAGAAGCGUGAAGAAGAGGUGGACAUUGAUUUGGAUGACCCUGAGAUCAACCAUUUCCCAUUCCCUUUCCAUGAACUGAUGGUGUGGGCCGUCCUGAUGAAGCGGCAGAAGAUGGCCCUGUUCUUCUGGCAGCAUGGCGAGGAGGCCAUGGCCAAGGCCCUGGUGGCCUGUAAGCUUUGCAAAGCCAUGGCUCAUGAGGCUUCUGAGAAUGACAUGGUCGAUGACAUCUCCCAGGAGCUGAACCACAACUCCAGGGACUUUGGCCAGCUGGCUGUGGAGCUCCUGGACCAGUCCUACAAACAGGAUGAGCAGCUGGCAAUGAAACUGCUGACGUACGAGCUAAAAAACUGGAGCAAUGCCACCUGCCUGCAGCUCGCUGUGGCUGCCAAACACCGUGACUUCAUUGCACACACGUGCAGCCAGAUGCUGCUCACAGAUAUGUGGAUGGGCCGGCUCCGGAUGCGCAAGAACUCAGGCCUCAAGGUAAUUCUGGGAAUUCUACUUCCUCCUUCAAUUCUCAGCUUGGAGUUCAAGAACAAAGACGACAUGCCCUAUAUGUCUCAGGCCCAGGAAAUCCAUCUCCAAGAGAAGGAGCCAGAAGAACCAGAGAAGCCCACCAAGGAAAAAGAUGAAGAGGACAUGGAACUGACAGCAAUGUUGGGACGAAAUAACGGGGAGUCCUCCAGAAAAAAGGAUGAAGAGGAAGUUCAGAGCAGGCACCGGUUGAUCCCCCUGGGCAGAAAAAUCUAUGAAUUCUACAAUGCACCCAUCGUGAAGUUCUGGUUCUACACUCUGGCGUACAUCGGAUACUUGAUGCUGUUCAACUACAUCGUGUUAGUAAAGAUGGAGCGCUGGCCUUCCACCCAGGAAUGGAUCGUCAUUUCCUAUAUUUUCACCCUGGGAAUAGAAAAGAUGAGAGAGAUUCUGAUGUCAGAGCCAGGGAAGUUGCUACAGAAAGUGAAGGUUUGGCUGCAGGAGUACUGGAAUGUCACAGACCUCAUAGCCAUCCUUCUGUUCUCUGUGGGAAUGAUCCUUCGGCUCCAAGACCAGCCAUUCAGGAGUGAUGGGAGGGUCAUCUACUGUGUGAACAUCAUUUAUUGGUACAUCCGUCUAUUAGACAUCUUCGGCGUGAACAAGUAUUUGGGCCCAUAUGUAAUGAUGAUUGGAAAAAUGAUGAUAGACAUGAUGUACUUUGUCAUCAUUAUGCUGGUGGUGCUGAUGAGUUUUGGAGUCGCCAGGCAAGCCAUUCUCUUUCCCAAUGAGGAGCCAUCAUGGAAACUGGCCAAGAACAUCUUCUACAUGCCCUACUGGAUGAUUUAUGGGGAAGUGUUUGCAGACCAGAUAGACCCUCCCUGUGGACAGAACGAGACCCGAGAGGAUGGCAAAAUAAUCCAGCUGCCUCCCUGCAAGACAGGAGCCUGGAUCGUGCCGGCCAUCAUGGCCUGCUACCUUUUGGUGGCCAACAUCCUGCUGGUGAACCUCCUCAUCGCCGUCUUUAACAAUACAUUUUUCGAGGUAAAAUCCAUAUCCAACCAAGUGUGGAAAUUUCAGAGGUACCAGCUCAUCAUGACUUUCCACGAAAGGCCGGUUCUGCCCCCACCUCUGAUCAUCUUCAGCCACAUGACCAUGAUAGUCCAGCAUCUGUGCUGCCGGUGGAGGAAACACGAGAGCGACCCCGACGAAAGGGACUACGGCUUGAAACUCUUCAUAACUGAUGAUGAGCUCAAGAAAGUCCAUGAUUUCGAAGAGCAGUGUAUAGAGGAAUAUUUCAGAGAAAAGGAUGAUCGAUUCAACUCAUCCAAUGAUGAGAGGAUACGGGUGACUUCAGAAAGGGUGGAGAACAUGUCUAUGCGGCUGGAGGAAGUCAACGAGAGAGAGCACUGCAUGAAGGCCUCGCUCCAGACGGUGGACAUCCGGCUGGCACAGCUUGAGGACCUCAUCGGGCGCAUGGCCGCGGCCCUGGAGCGCCUGACAGGUCUGGAGCGGGCCGAAUCCAACAAAAUCCGCUCGCGGACCUCGUCGGACUGCACAGACGCAGCGUACAUCGUCCGCCAGAGCAGCUUCAACAGCCAGGAGGGCAACACCUUCAAGCUUCAAGAGAGCAUAGACCCUGCAGGUGAGGAGACCAUGUCCCCAACUUCUCCAACCCUAGUGCCCCGUAUGCGAAGCCAUUCUUUCUAUUCAGUCAAUAUGAAAGACAAAGGUGGUAUAGAAAAGUUGGAAAGCCUUUUUAAAGAAAGGUCCCUGAGCCUCCACCGGGCUACUAGUUCCCACUCUGUAGCAAAAGAAUCCACAGCUCCCAUAGCCCCUGCAAACACCUUGGCCAUUGUUCCUGAUUCCAGAAGACCAUCUUCGUGUAUAGACAUUUAUGUCUCUGCCAUGGAUGAACUCCACUGUGAUAUAGACCCUCUGGACAAUUCCGUGAACAUCCUCGGGCUGGGUGAGCCAAGCUUUUCGGCCCCAGGACCCUCCACAGCUCCUUCAAGUAGUGCCUAUGCAACUCUUGCACCCACAGACAGACCUCCAAGUCGGAGCAUUGAUUUCGAGGACAUCACCUCGAUGGACACCAGAUCUUUUUCUUCAGACUAUACCCACAUCCCAGAAUGCCAAAACCCCUGGGACACUGACCCUCCAACGUACCACACCAUCGAGCGUUCCAAAAGUAGCCGCUACCUAGCCACCACACCCUUUCUUCUAGAAGAGGCCCCCAUAGUGAAAUCUCAUAGCUUUAUGUUUUCUCCUUCGAGGAGCUAUUAUGCCAACUUUGGGGUGCCCAUGAAAACAGCAGAAUACACAAGUAUUACAGACUGCAUUGACACCAGGUGCGUCGGCGCCCCCCAAGCAGUCGCCGACAGGGCCGCCUUCCCUGGCGGUCUCGGAGGCAAAGUGGAGGACUCUGCUUGCUGCCAUCCUGAGCGAGAAGCAGAGCUGAGUCACCCCAGCUCUGACAGUGAGGAGAAGGAGGCCAAAGGUCAGAGAGCCACCACCGUGAUGCCCUCCCAGGAGGGCGGCGACUCAGACCGAACCUUGUCCAACAGCAUCGUGGUUCCCAAGACAGAGCGCGCCAACAGCUACACAGCAGAGGAGCCGAGCGUGCCACACGCGCACACCAGGAAGAGCUUCUCCAUCAGCGACAAACUCGACAGGCAGCGGAACACAGCGAGCGUGCGAAAUCCCUUCCAGAGGAGUAAGUCCUCCAAGCCGGAGGGCCGAGCGGACAGCCUGUCCAUGCGGAGACUGUCCAGAACGUCCGCUUCCCACAGCUUUGAAAGCAAGCACAACUAAACCUUCUGAAUAAGUGUUGCAGGAGGCUCGCGCAUCCAGCCCUAAAACUCCCCCCGAACUCCACCGGUUCCCCUUCCUUGAAACAUACCUGCUUCAUUCCUAGCUGAGCAAAGCAAGCAAUGCCUUGGGAGGAGUUAACUCAAAGGUGACUUCUGGGCCACAGGUCAAGAAAGCACUUGAUCUGGCCCAGUACCAAACACGGGGAUUUAAGUCACCUUCACUCUUGAUUUGUUGGGAGGGGAAGGCGAGGGAGAAGAAGGGUUGAGGUGAAUGUGUACCGCUGGUCACUUCAGAAAGCCAUGAGCUCUGGGAAUGAAGGGGCUGCAAGCACUUUCCACGCCAGGAGGCAUCUUUCCAUGUCUGACCAUGACCAAGCAUUUUAAGAUGCAGGGCUAAAUUGCAAAAUAAAAUAAAAUAAAAAAGUAGCCAGCAUACAAAUGAGAUAUUCUAAACUUCAAUUCUGUUUUCUUUUCACAUUGGCUCCAUCACUGGUGACCGAUGAAGAGCAUCCUUUUUAUUCAGUAUAAGCCGGCAGCCAGCACUUCUACCUAACGUCCCACAUCCUUCUCAUGCCAACACUUCUGUAAUUGAUCAUUAUAAAGAAAAAACAAGGUAACAGUCAUAGUUCACCUGUCUCUUAUUAUAUAUUCACUUCUGGUGCCACAACUGUCUAUCUUUUUUGAAGAAAAUAAAGGGAAAAGAAAUACCUUUUUGUAUUGCAAUCAAAAUGAAAGAAUAGAUGUUAAAAAUAAAUGUCAAGUGGUUUAUUAUAUACAGUGGGCAUUCAAGUAUAGUCAAGCAAGCUCAGGAUGAAUGCAAUUAAUUUUAUAUUUUUAAAUUUAUUUUCUAUCUCACCUAUCAUCAAUGAAGUCACUCACUGAAUAUGUAAUAGUGAACAAAAAAUGCUUAGUGAACACAACCCACCUAAAACCGCCAGAUGGGACAUUGUUAUGUUCUUCCCAUUCAUAUUAUGUGUUAUGUUGCUGUGUGACCUCCAUCAUUUGCAUGACUCCCCUGUGUCUCUGAACAUCUCCAAGAUGUGACUGCCAAUUUUCCACACCAUUCAUUACAUGACCAUUUUGUAUGUGAAUAUCUGGUUACAUGUGGAUAUUUUCAUAUCUAGAGUUUUGCCAUUUAAUCUGAGCUCAGCAUAAAUUCAAUUGGAGUUUUUCAAGGGCUGGUAUCUUUUUUAUGGGAAUGUUCCAAAGUACUUUUUAAGGAAGUUUCAAAACCAUAAAUAACCUUAGAACUGACUAGGAGGUUGGUAGCCACCCAAAGCCAUCAGUUGCAGGCAUACCAUGAAUGUUUUUCUCAUAUACAGAGCUAUAAAAAAGAUACAGUAGGCUAAAAUAGAAAGCAAAUAAACUACAUAAAGAGCUCUAUAGUAUAUACUGCUUAUAUACAUAUAUAUAUAUGCAUUUACUCAGAGAGACAUGUUUAUGCAUAGUAUAUAAACAGAGCUUUCUUAAGAGGUUUGGACUUUUCUGUCACCUUGAGGUAUAACCAGGAUAUUUUUACUUUCCAAGGAGUUCCAUUGAAAGAGUUUAUUAUAUUGGAUUUUGACAGAUACUAAAAUUAUGAUUUAUUAAAAUCUGUAUGACCUUAACUUUUCCUUCUACCAAACUAGAGUUGCCAAAAUGCCUGGCUACCUGCCCUCUGUCCCUUUUUACUCUGGAAGCACUCGCUAUGAUGACAUCUCAUUUAGUCUGGUUUCUCCAGCCCAAAAUGAUUGCAGUCCAAAUAGUUAUGCAAUUCUAAACCUGAUAGUAAUGAGGACUUUAGAAUAUAGGCAUAGGCUUCUAGGUCUGAAUCUGGAUUUGAAGUGAGAGAAAGAAUUCCUGAUCCUCGAAUCUUCAAAUGUCUAUUUGGAUCACUGAUUUAAAAAAGAAUACAAUCUUUAAGGAAAAUGACUUCAUGUUCUGGGCUUCAAAUACUGUCUGGUUCUUUUGUUUAGUUGUAGUUAAUGAACUCCAAAUUUUCUCAUAAAGUGAAAUCAAGUAAAUAUGUGGACUAAACCUCUAGCCUUUAAAUUUUUUUUUAAAAAUGAAAAACCCUCUGCAGAAGCUUUUUGGGUGUAGAAAUAGUGGUGAGGCCAUAUAUAAAUAAUUAAAGGAUUUCUUUUUCACUUCUUGAUAUUUAGGUGAAUUAGAAACAAGCAACCAGACUUCCUCAUAUGUAACUGUUCUAGAAACGCUUACAUUUUUAUUGGGCUCCACAUUGGUUAUUUUCCCCUCAGCAAACAUGCAUGUGGUCUGAGGAUAAAUCUCUUGCCCUUAAAUUUCCUUGAGUCAUAAAUUUUUUUGAGGAUCUAAUGAAAGCUCUGGACCCUUCCCCCCACCACACACAAAAUGUACAUACAUGCAAUGUUGCAAUAUAACUUUAAAGGGUUCAUGCACCUCUGGUUCCGUAUUGAUUGACAAUGAGGAAGAGGAACUGUAUUUAUUCAUAAUUGCUGCAGUUGUAAUAGGCACUUUGUAUUUUGAGACCAUUGCUCUGUGAUUCUCAGGAAGGCCAAGUCUCAGCACAAGAGUUUGAACCAAGACUUUGUUACUUUCAUUCCUUAGAUUAGAUUUUGCUAGUUUGAUGUACUUAUAUCCUACCGUUUUGAUGGUUUUUUAAAUGUGGAGCACACUCACAAAGGAGGAAGGCUCUCUGGGGGAGUCUGUAGAGGAAUCCAAGGAGGUGAAACCAUUCAUCUUUGAUCACAGGGCAGGACAUCACAGCCCACCAGGACCUCAUCCUGGACCAGACUGAAAAUGGGGGAAAGAAAUGAUGAGUGAGCACAGGUUUCCUUUCAGUUUCUGGGGAGAACAGAACAGGACCUGGGAAACAAAGUGCUUAACAGUCCUGACCUUGUGUCUACCUGGUUCUUUUGUUUGCAUGAAAAUGAAACUCUUGCACCUUUUGUAAAGUGUGUGAAAUAUAUAAGCCAAAUCUAAAUGACUUUAACACAAGCUAUGUAACUUUCAUGAGCCAUUUCGUUCCUGUGCACAUACAUGUAUGUUAUGUUUUGAUCCAUGUCUCUCCAUUUCUGGGUUCUCUGCACACCGAUGUGGCAUUGAUUCCAUGGCCUUGUACAGUCAGCUUGUGCGUAACUCAUUUAUUCCACCAUGUCCCUGAUCGGGGGGAUGUUAAUUACCUGUCUCUGUGAAUUAAGCAGCUCAUGGGCAGCACAUUAUUGAGGAACAUAAAUAAAGUCACAGAGAGCUCAAGAAAGUAAUAGCUUUGGUUUAAUCAUCUGGUUCUAAGGUGCCAAUUUUUAUAUACUACCAUAUGUAAUGAUUUGCUCUAAAUUGCUUGUUCCUUUUGGAAAAAAUAAGGGUGUUUUAUGAACCUGACCAUGGAAAUUUCCUGAUUAACCAACAUACUUUAUAUUGAUAGUUACAAACUCCCUCCUCCAUGGAAUUAAAUGAGGAGCUGGAAAACUUGCUCAGAGAUGUCAUGACUAGUUUGUAUAUUUCUCCAAGCUGAAAGGUAUAUUGCAAUCAGAAUGCAGCACUUUAAAGAAUUUGAUUUUUUUUUUAAGUCUAAGCUUCCAGGUCUAGGAUAUUAUUUAGCACUUUGAAAGUUCCCCUUUAAAAAAAAAAAUAUAUAUAUAUAUAUAUAUAUGUGUGUGUGUGUGUGUGUAUAUAUAUAUAUAUGUAAAUAUAUAUAUUUAUACACACACACACAUAUAUAUAUAAGAAUAAUCAAAUGGGAAAAAUGUACUUGUAAUGUUUGGACUGUUUAACUUCUUUAAUGAUAAAUAUUGUCCAGUCAUCCAUCAUGCUGGGUCUAUAGGCUGUACCAUUUAACAUGCUGGGCAAUCCUGUAUUAUAAAACACACAUAAACAUAUAUGUGACUUGUGUUUAACCCAAAUAGUUGUAGCAUGUGGUCAUAUUAAUGAACGUUACAGGACGGCUUUAUAAUGAUUUGCAAAUCUGUGACAUUCAAUAAAGAAGCACAUGUUGCAAGGACUGAUUAUGUUCCCAAUUCCAUGUUAUUUAGAAUCCUCAUGAAAUGAGCAGUUUUAUUCCUGUUCUGCUUUGUGUUUCACUCCCCUGUAGACCCUGUAAGAUAUUUGUAUAAGCUAACAUACAUUGUCUAACCAGCCCUGUGGGCUGUGGUAACAGGCAAGUUGUGAUUUUGUGAAAGAACAACUGGCAUGUUAUGCAAAAGACUAUACGACAAAUGAACUUAAAAUAACAUUUUAAACUACAGUUGAAUUAGCUGUUUGUUUACAUCUGCUGACCCCAUGCAGAAGCAGUGUACAGUAUUUUAUAAAUAUGCUCAUUUGAGUAACACUAUCAUGUUUGUUUAUAGAAAAAGUGAUGCUAGUGUGUAGAUGGUUAUAUACUUGUUCUAGAUGUUGCGUUCUAAGUCACUAUUCUCUAACAAUAACAAUGUGACUUAAAUGAAGUAAUCCCUCUCCAGUCAAGUCUUAAUUUUGUGGCAACAAAAUGCAUGCACUGCUUUAUGCAUUUCUUUUGACUUUUUAAAGGCACAUCACAUUUUGCUAUUGCUUGCUUGAUACUUAAGCCCAUUAGAAACUCAUUCAGAUUGUUGGGUUCCUUCCUAUGUUUGGAGAUUAUGUUCAGGUUUUGAAAACUGAAAACAAAAUAGUAGCCACGGGUUUUUUAAAAUCUUUUUUAAAGCUCUGAACAAAUCAUAUGAAAUGAAGAAUUGACCACAGGGUGUAUAGCUAUGAGACCCAGAGAUGGCUAGCCAACACCACUUGGGUUUACCAAGGUCUAGGUGUUAGUGUAUCUGUGAUAUGUGAAAGACACAUUUCUGAUUCUUUAGGGCCACUGGGUACAAAUUGCUAAACCAGUGAUGAGAAUGAGAAGUCUGCUUGUGACAGUGCAGAAAUCCACAGACCAUGAUGAAUGAUGGUCCAGUAAUACAAAUGCCCACCUUCUUACCUGUGGCUUUUAUCACCUUGUCUGUGAGCCUGACUUGGAGGAGGGCAAGAGAAGGGGGAGUGGGUGUCUGAUCAAGCACUGGGUGACUCUGGUCUUUAAAGAGUUUGCCCUUUAAAGAAAUCACCAUUUCAUCAUUAGAAGCCAUUCAACGGCUGGAAGAGCAGAACCUAUUUGCACUGUCUUAUAAUUGACUGAUCUUCAAAUGAAUAGAGCAAAGUUUCUCUCAGCCUGCACUGCCUAGGCUUUCUCUUCUUUUUACGUGUCACACAUUCUUUUUCCCAGAUUGGAGUCAACCACAGGAGGAGUUAGUUCUGAUUUAAGGAACACGUGAUUCUUUUUUCUUUCUUAAUUCAUUGGAGAGGGUAGUUGUUAUCUUUUCUCUGAUGAACUGCUUGUACUGGUGACUGCUAAUGAAAUGAAGACGUGACAGUUUCUUCAUGUCAGUAAAGACAUGAGGCUAAGAGAGGGUUUUGGUGGCCAAGUAAUCCAGAUGGCUGUAAGAAUGAGGUGAAUUUUCCCUCCUCUAACUUACCUAGUCUACCAGCCCAUUUAAGCUUCAGGCCACUGCUAUCCGCACAAUGUUUGUGUGCUAGAAAGUGAAAGGGACGUGUGGCCAGAAGUCCAUAGGCUUUCUGCAGAGUGUCAGUGCCAGCCUUGACCCGGGCCUUCCUCUGGAGCAGGCAGGCAGCUGAGAGCUGUGGGACACAGAGGGAAGUUCAGCCUAGUGCCUGGAUCUUCAAAUAAAUAGAGCAAAGUUUCUCUCAGCCUGCAUUGCCUAGGCUUUCUCUUCUUCUUACGUGUCACACAUUCUUUUUCACCCCCUUAACUCUCUUCCUUCUCUUAGCCCAGCACAAGAUACUUUUUUGCCAGACCGACAGACACUCACUCCUAUUACCUCAGUACCCCAUGGACCCUGAUAGUAAGCUGAAACAGUGACUACUUGGAAAAAGCCAAACAUUCAGACUUUUCUGAGCCCUACACUUCCCAUUUACUUAGCCCCCUCCCGCUAGCUUUACCCACUGCUCCAAACUCAGCUGGUGUUUGCAUCAGCCUCAUGCAAUUCUUUGCCUGUCUGAAUCUGAAAAGGCUCCCUCACACCUUCAACCCAGCUUCCCACAUAUCAUCAGAGCCAGCUAGCUGCAACUCGACUGUGGGGCUGCAAACUAAAACAUGUGGAGGGGCUGGAUCCAGGACACAAAUGUGCCUGUCGGACAGGUGAAAGACAACAGGAAGUAGAGCUUGUAGGGCAUGAGAGAACAAGCAUCCCGCUGCAAAGACAUCCACAUUCCAGUUCGCAAACACUGUGCUAGCCAAACAAAUGUGUCUGCCAGCAGCAUUCAGUCCCAGAGGCAGUAGUUUGGGACCUCUGAGUUAGAGCCAGUCAGGGUCACAUUUUUGAUUCUUAGUAUAUAUGCGAAAUAUAAUGAGCAUUGAGGUGGGGGAGAAAGGAACUUACCCUAUUCAGGAUUAUUCCUGUUCUCCCGAAUGAACUAUGCAUGGAUAUUUGUGAGCUGCCUCAUUCAGGACCAAAAUCCAGGAUCUUUGUGAGGGAGGUUCAGAAGAAGAGCACCGCAGCAUUGUAUCAAGGCUUAGCUGCUUCUUGUUGCUACAGCCUCUGACCUGAGUUCAUAUUGCUGCUCCUGCUGUGCAAAACAGUACAUGCAAUGUACUGAACUCAUAGCUGUUUCAUAAUAUAGAGCUUUAGACUCUCAUUUGUAAACGUUCUAACCAUAGUUUAUAAUGGGGGAAAUGAUUCAAAUAUCAUUUUUAAAUGAAUUCCUAUAAAUACAGCAAUUUUGAAAUUGGUUUUGUUAAAUAUAUACACAUCUUUUCCUUCUUUGUGUAUGGACAGACACAGUUUGCAUAUCUAUUGACAUUAUAAAUAUAUAUAAAUCCUUAGGGGAAUUGUUCUUUUUUAAAUGUCUAUUAUUGGAUUCACAAUGCACUUUGAGCUUGUUCCUUUAGAUACAUAAUUCAAAGCAGAAGUUAGCAGAUACAAAUGGGAAAAACUUUCUGAAAUUUCUGUAACAAAUGUUUUACAAUAAAAAAACUUAAGUAGUUCAAAACAUGACUUGGACUCCCUUGUGCAUUCAUUUGCCGCCAUUUGAUCUCCACCAUCCUUGUGCCAAAAAUUCUUGGGGUACACAGAGAUGAUUGCCUUGGGCCCCAUAA